GUUUCUGUUAUUCAUUCAUUCAUCAAAUCCAUUUCAAAUGAUGAUAUGUGAUAUGAUGAUAAUGAUGGACGACGUCAUUACAAAUGACUUUCCGCCAUCCAACUAUCAAUAUAUCUCAAACAAAAAUGUAUGAAACGAAAGUUUUUACCAUAAUAAAAUGUAUUUUUAAAAAAAAAUCCACAUGAAAAAUUGAACUGUCAAAAAAGCAUUCGAAUCGAAUGAAAGAAACAAACGAAGAACCACAAAAAAACCAUUUCAUUUCAUCAUUAUCAUCGAUUGGCUAAUCAAUGGUAUUUUUUGGUGCCUUUUUCUAUUUAUCUAUCACUCACUCGAAAAAAAAUUCUUAUCCAUUGACAAAUCUGGUGAUUUCUGGUUAGUUGAUUCCGGGGAGUGAGAAAAAACCAAAUAAAAUUCAGACGUCAAACUGUCACAAAUCGACGAAAAAGAAGAAAAAACAUUUAUAAAACGAUCCAUCCAAAAUUUUCAAUCAUUUCAAUCCAUCCAUCCAUCCGCCAACACCAUAAAAUAACGAUUUCAAACGGGAAAAAUUCCGUAUAGUGAAUAAUUCUGGUAAUGGAGUCGUCAACGCCAAUAAAAAAAGUGACAAAUUCAGAAAUUUCUUGGAAAUUCGCUGAUAAUAAUAAUAAUAAUGAUGAUGAUGAUGAUGAUGAUGGUAAUAAUAAGCCAACGACAUCAAACAACCGACAGUUUCUAAUAUCGUCUUCAUCAUCAAAAUCAUUAUCAAUCAUAAUUGUCAUCAUUAUUAUCAUCAUUAUUGUUGUGAAUAUUGCCCGGGUAAAUGGCAAUCAAAAUCAUACGGCAACUAAUUUAUCGACGACAAUCAUCGAAAAUUCUAUCGAUCAUGAUAGCAACAGAAAUGAUAGUCAUUCAUUGAUGUCUCAAAAUUCAUCAUCAACAAUGGAGUUCCCACAUUCAUUAAGAAUUAUUGCUUCGUCUGUUUGUGCAACCGUUCUAAUGUUCGGCGUAGUUGGUAAUCUAUUUGUUCCAUUAGUUGUCUGUAGACAACGUGAUACUCUAUCGAAUAAUUCAACAAACAUAUUCCUUAUAAAUCUAAGCAUAGCAGAUUUACUUGUACUUAUUGUGUGUACACCAACCGUAUUGAUUGAAUUACAUUCAAAACCGGAAAUUUGGACGCUGGGUGAAUUUAUGUGUAAAACAGUACCAUUCGUUGAGUUGGUUGUAGCACAUGGUUCAGUUUUGACCAUAUUGGCAAUUUCGUUUGAAAGGUAUUAUGCUAUUUGUAAGCCAUUGAAAGCGAAUUAUAAAUGUACAAAUCGUCGUGCUAUUAUGACAAUAUGUGGCUUAUGGACCGUGGCCAUUAUUGCUACAAUACCGAUAUUAUUCGGUACUGAAUUAGUCGAUGCAAUAUAUGUGGAUGGUUCGAUUGUGUCGGCUUGCAUAACGAAAGCAAAUACAACAUGGCAACGACUUUAUUUUAUCGUAUCGAUUAUCGGUUUUUUUGCCUUACCAUUGGUCAUAUUGAUCGUUGUUUAUUGUAUUAUUACUAAACGUUUGGUUCGUGAUGAUCGACGUUUAUUGAUUGCAUCUAUUCAUUCAACACUUGCUACAUCCGGUUCGAUAAUGGCUGAUGGUAGUGAUUGUAAAAAAUUACGUUCCGGUUCAUUACCACAACAAUUUAUACAACAAUCAUCAUUAAGUAAUGAAUCUACGUGCGGCACUACAAUCACAAUGAAUCAAUCAUCAAUAUGGCAUCAUCCGGCCGCAAUGUUUCUAUUUCGUGGAUCAAUUGCAUCACUAGGCGCGAAUAGCCGUCGGGGUUCUACAUCUGGACCUGUUGCUUCAAAUCUGAAUCAACAGCAACAACAACAACAACCACGACGAAAUUCAUCUGUAAUUGCAGCACGUUCAGUAGCUCGAUCACGACGACAAGUGAUUAUAAUGUUGGCUGCUGUGGUCAUAUGUUUUUUUCUUUGUCUAUUACCAUUUCGGUUAUUUACAUUAUGGUUAGUGUUGGUCACUGAGGAAGAGAUUCGUGCCCUAUCAAUGGAACGUUUCUAUCAAUUGUUAUAUUUCUGUCGCGUAAUGAUUUAUGUAAAUUCAAUGUUGAAUCCAUUAUUAUAUGCGGUUGUAUCGAGUAAAUUUCGUCGUGCAUUUGUCGAUACAAUAAAGCAAUUAUUUAAUAACUGUUGCUUUUGUGAUUUUUGUGGUUGUUGUUGGUGGUCAUGGUGGUGGUGUGCGUUGUGGAUUGGAAAACAACAAGAACAUCAACAAUCAAAUCAAUCAAAAUUUCAUCAUAAUCAUCAUCAUCAUUAUAAUAGAAUAAAUCGACGACAACCACAAAAACAUCGAACAGCAACCGGUACUGUUAGUCAAUUGCUUAAUUUUAAUCAACGUCGACAUAGACUUUUUCUUAUGCGACAAUCAACAACAUUGACAACAACAACAACAACAACUACAGCAUCAUCGUCGGUUGGUGAUGGUUCAUUAAAACAAAAUAGUUCAAUUCGUUCAACAGCAACUAAUUGUUUUGUACCUGUCGAUUCUAAUGUUGCUAACGUUGCCAUCAUGCCUCAUCAUCCUUUUUCAAACGUCAUAAUGAACAAUUGUCAACAAAUAGCACAGAAUUCAUUCGAUUCAAUACAAUCAUCAAGAUCUGGCUCAUCUAGUCAAUAUCAAAAUCGUUCAUGUGAAAAUUCAUCAUCUGAUGCAACUGGAUCGGUAAUAAUAGUAGCAACAAAAAAGGAAUCACCACAACCAUUUUCAUCAUCAUCAUCAUCACGGCUAAUGAAUAAAAUAUAUUCAUCAGAACAUACAGCCGAAUAUCGACGUAAACGAAUGAUGAAACGUUCUUCAAGAGUAUCAAUAAUCGAUGAUCAACCAAUGAAUCAUCAUCAUCAACAACAACAAACGCAACAGAUAGUAAUGAAUAAUACUGAUGAUAAUGAAAAAAUGCAGGAAACAAUAAGCACCGAAUCAACAUCGAUCAUUGAAGAAAUAUUGAAUGAUCCAAAAUUUGUUACAUAUGAAUCCUAUGUUUAAACCUAUGCUGGAAACCGAGAAAAAAAAAUUUCCGUUCGUUUUUCUAUUUUUUUUUUGUUGGAAAAAAAUAAUUU